GUUUUUAUUUUUUUUAAUUCUUCACGUGUUUUCUGUUUAUGUUUUCGUUCUGAGGACUAGGAAGGAAUUGUUUUUAAUUAAUUAAAAUGGGAGCAAAACCGAAAAAUAAAAGUGGAAAUGGCGGAAAAUCUCGCCCAAAAGUCGUGAUAAAUUUCGAUGAAAAGAAAAGAAGAGAAUUCCUCACAGGCUUCCGGAAGAGGAAACUGCAGCGAAAGGAGCGCGCAAAGGAAGAAAUUGAGCAGAGAUUGAAGAUUGAGAAGAAACAGCUUCGGGAUGAAAUUCGAAGUAACAUCACGAAGCAAUUCAAGAAAUCCUUUCAGCCAAUUCCUGAGCUAGAGGAACAGGAAGCAGCCGAAGAGGAAGAGUAUGAAACUGAAGAUGUUACGGUGAAGAUUACUGAACUCUCCACAUAUGAUUUGGCUAAAGAAAACAAUUGGGUGGGUGAGAAUAAGGCAAAGUUGGAAGAAUCUUUCAUGAAGGAAGAAGAUUCUGCCUCUGAUGAGGACAAUGAAGAGGAAGAAAUACCCGGAAUGAGUGUUAAAGCCCCAAAAGCCACUCCUGUCACACAAGAAAGCGCCGCGGAAAAGGAAGAAGUGCAGCUAAAGUCUAAAAAGGAGCUCAACCGGAUGGUGCAGGAUCACACAUUAAAGUUCCUGAAGAAUAGUAAAGCCUAUAAAAUGAAGACACAGCUGCAGAGAUCAAAGAACCGGAAGAAAUCUCGCCGAGAGAGAGUGCAGAAGGAAAAGAUGCAAAAGAAACGGAAUAAGAAAUCCGGCGGAAAAUCUCAAAAAAGAAAAUAAAUUUUUUAAUUUCCAA